GUCCCAGUCAACAAACGACAGACGGCAAAAGGAUGGCCUGUCUCUAGAAAAUGGCGAAUGUGUUUGAUAUUUUCAAUGUCAAGCGCCCAAGCGAAGUUGACAGCGGCAUCAAAUCCCAAGGGGAUUCAGUGUCAUUCAAAACUUCUGAAUUGAACUGUCAGAAAAGGGUUCAAGACAGCACGGAAGCAGACAUUUUUGAAAACAAACAUGGCGCGAAGGUACCCGGAAAUGAUACAUUGGAUGAUGAACAAAAAUCAAUCAGAAUGGACAACACACCUUCUUUUGUCAUUCCUAAGCUGAAGAGGAAGGAAGAAGAUUUGUUGACUGAAAUUAGCAACGAUUCCCAUGAAUUCCAACAGGAGAUACUACCAUCCAUCAGCAAGAGUUUCCGUUGUUCCUCAUCACCAAGCAGAUUCUCUUAUUACAGGAUACGAACUGUCCACAAUGGUGACCUCACACAAGCUUAUCUGGAGAGAAGACGUGAGUUGAAACAAGCCGGAUACUCUGACAGAGAUGUUGCUGACAGCUAUGCAUUCCUUCUUGUGGACAGUGAGGCUGAGGUGGAAACGAUAUGCAAGGAAGGGGUGAAGAUUGGGAAUCUCACGACAUCCUGUUUGGGACACCCUCACAUGGGUGUGCAGCUGAGUAAGCAUGCAGAUGUACUACGUCCAACAUCCAUCCCUGUCCGCAGCAAGGGACUUGUAAUCAUGUUUAAAGUCAUGAAGGGUCGUGUGAAGCCUGUGUUUGAGAACCGAGGCAUGCCCUACCUAGAACCAACUCCAAACCAUGAGUGUCACGUUUCCAAGGCAAAUCCACAGGAUGGGAAUACUGUCACACUCACACAGCUGUUUGAAACGUCACAGCUGUACCUGUAUGAGUAUGGGGACCUGACUGUAGAGCAGCGUCCACGCCACAUCUGCCCCUUUGCAGUCAUGUCCUUUAACUACAAGGACGAUGUCAAGAAGACGAAACCUGCGGACGCCCCAGUUGUCAGCCCCAAGCUGUCAAGCCCCAAGGUUUUCAGCCCCAAGUUGACAAGUCCCCCUGUCUACAUCAGUCCUGCCUCGCGGCCUCCAUCUGCCUCGUCUCCGUACCGGGAGUCGGCAGAUGAAGAGUACACCACUUGGAGCGGGCAGCUCAGUGUCAAGGGGCUGUUUACCUGCAAAGUGGAGAUGGUCUCUACAGCGGCAUGCAUCAAACCUGUCAAACUAGGAACCACCCUAAAUGUGACUAAGAAGUGCAGCUUGCCCCUCGCCCAGACCAAGUACUUCGGCCAGCUGAGCAGCCUGAGGAAGAACGGGGAAGUGUACUGGCGUGGGAACUACAUCAAUGUCUGUGAACUUCGACCUAAGGUGGACAGCAGGUCACAGUUCCAGAAAGUGAUGAACUAUCUGGGAAAGAACAACAGUAUGGCUGUGUUAAAACCCGACUCGGACACAGUGUUGUUGAUGAUGCCUGAUUGCUCUCUCACAUAUCAGCUAGGUUUGACCAAGCCUCAUCAGUAUCCUAUUGUUCUGCACUGUAUAUUUCUGUCCAAGCAGUCCUGCAAGUUCAAAUCUCCCCGCUACACAAUGAACCAGUCUCGAAUCCAGUCUCCACCUCUACCCACCUGCAAUAACAACACAUGUGUUGCCAGAUCAUCAAUGUUACCACCAAACUUUGCGACACCUCUGCAGAUCAAUAUCAACAAUAACAACAACCAGCUCCAUCCUUCUAGCCCCUCCCUCUUCACCCCUCCCCCCUCAGCCCCGCCACUACCCCCAGAGCCCUGGUCAAGCACACCACCAUCUCAGCUGCCGUCUCCACAGGCAUGCUCCCCCAACUUCUUUCCACCUUCACUUCCAUUCAACCUAUGCAUACCUCCACCACCACCGCCACCACCCCUUCCACCUCCCCCUCCCCCACCCCCACCACCCCAUCACAGCCCCCAGUCCUACCCCAGCAGCCCUGUGAAAUGGCCAGCCCUGUCUCCGGGCCAGAGACACAAGUCGACCAGCCAGCCACUGCUGACAUGUGACAUGAUUCCUCCCUCUCCAGCCAGCCCUAGUGUGCUGGUGUCUGCCAAGUCGAGUCUGUCGCCGUUGUCACGCAGCAUCGUAGCUGCCCGGGAGUGUGGACCUGCUACAAGACUAGGGCCCGUGGCUGAAGCCAAACUGUUGUACCCUCAGUUGAGUGGCCAGCCCCCUAGCUCCACACCCUACCUACAGCGAAGCAGUUCCACCCCAGACAUGCAUGACCCGCCACGCCCACUUAGGAUGACCAGCCUUCCUUUGGGCUUUGACGAGGGCUUCGUCCAGAAGGUGCCAAACCACUGCAUGCUGAAUCUCUCUCAGAUGCAGAAAAUCUUUGACUCACAGAAUAAAGUGCAACAUGACAUGAAGAACAAACCACGACAAAAACGUAGCGACUGUGAGCAGGAUUCCACCAUAACAUCAACCUGUGCUGAAGAAGAGGCACAUCUGGCUUUUGAGGCAAGAUUAGAGUCACAAUUGGCGGAAUCCUCUAAAAGUGACUCUAUGUUUGAGAUGAGACGCCAGAGGACAGCAAACAUGCAUUCCCACUCAGAUGUUGAACUUUCUGAAAGUGAAGUCGAGUCUAUUGUGAAGAAUUUCUCAGUAUCGGACGCUUCAGGAAAACAUGGAAAGAAGCCCAAGUCUGAUGAGGAGAGGCUUGAUGACAGUCCAUCGUUGAGGCCUCCAGUUACGGAUGUUGUAGCUAGUGCUCAAGACAUGAGAACUUUCCUUGAAAACAAUCUACAACGCUCCAGAAAUAUACCCAAAGGAGAUAAAGAUCGCACUGAUAAAGUUGUCAUUGACACCGUACAGCCAGGCAAGGCUGUGGCAAAGGCUAGCAAGGUGGAGGAAGAACCAACUGUAUCAUCAACGGAUGGGGCAAGAGAUUUGAAAAUGGCCAACCAACUCUCAACUGCAAAUGACAUGAAGGAGUUCCUAAAUUCCACACUACUGAAACCCCUCAAACGCCCUUCUCCACGGAAAGAUCUCAAGAAAGGCACCAACACCAAAGAUAAAGUGACCAAGAUAUCCGAUCAAAGCUUUUUAAGUCCAAUUCUCAAGAAAAUCAAACGAAGUAAGAUAAAGUCAUGGAUAAAGGCCAUCAACACUAAAUCACCGACAACCAUCAUCACAGUCCUGCCAACCUUCAUUAGAGAGAUUGACAGCAAGCACCUGCCGACCAUCCUGAGUAAGCACAGCAGUUCUGGGUCCGACACUGGAGGGUCUCCAGACACACCUUCAUCAUCCACAUCUUCACCUUUACCCCCCAAUUCUUUGCCUAGUUUUACCUCUCCAGUCACUGACACACAGACACUAGCAAGCCCGGAAUCACAACAAACACCAUCAUCCAAAACUUGUGAGACUCCUGUUGUGCCUCCCUCCCCUGGAUUCUUGACUCUGUCGAGAAGGAACAGCGAUCUUGCUAUUCAGAACCUUUCCGCAGCAACCCUUUUCUCUCCCCCUCGACAUGUGCGAGUGACAGCUGAUGUGACGGAAGUGAAGAUUGUCAACACGUACCAGCAUUCUGCUCCUGUCCCUAAGCCUGGCAAGUUGGAGGCAAUACAGUACAUGCUGCAUGGGCUGAGUCAAGAGGUGCCCAGCUCACGUCUUUCAGAAAGCAUCAUGGCUGUCUUGCACCAAGAAGAAGAGGAAGAGGACAUCCGUUAUGUGAGGUCCGCCGACUCCAGUGACAAGCUAGGGGAAGACAGCAGUAGUCAGGACAUGCUGGACAGUCCUAAUCUAGAUCCAGAUGCUAACAUCAAAGAUAGUCGUAACAUUGUUGUCGGUGAUGAACUGAAUAUAUCUGAUGAAGUUACUGAAAAACAAGAGGAAGGGGUGCUUGUAACAGAUGCUGUUGAGGUGUCUCCUGCAACUGAUAAAACACAGCAGUUCAUGUCAAGGUCACCGAGUAGAUCUAGGUCACCGUCACAUUCUAGAACUUCAAGUGGUAGCUUAGAUGCAAAACCAACCAAAGACAAUCCUGAAAGUCACACAAAAGAUACUUCUGAAAAAGUGAUGGAUAAUUUUUCUGAAAGAAAAGAUGAAGAAAAACAUGAAUCUCAGACUACAUCCAAAGGGAACUCACCAGAGAAAAGCAGGCAACAUAGAUCUAGGUCUAAGAGUGGUGAGUUCAGUAAAGGAGGAAAUACAGAGAGCAAGAAAUCAAAGGGUCAAUCAAAAGGUUUGGAUAAAGAUUCAAGGGAGACCAAUGUUAAACAGGGAAAAUCGAAAAGAAGAACCACUGCGACAGUUGAAGACAAGGGAAAAGAAACAUCACACAAGCACAGUAACACAAGUGAACUAUGUAGGAAAUCGGGGAAAGAGAGAGUUCAUAACCAUAGUAACACUACUGAAAGAUGUAGGGAAUCGGGGAAAGAGACAGUUCGAAACCAUAGUAACACUAGUGAAAGGUGUAAGGAAUCUGGAAAAGAGACAGAUCAUAUCCAUAGUAACACCAGAGAAAGGAGUAAGGAAUUGGCAAAAGAGACAGUUCGUAACCAUAGUAACAGUAAUGAACGAUGUAAGGAAUCAGGAAAAGAAACAGAUCGUAACCAUAGAAACACUAGUGAAAGGAGUAAGGAUUCAGGAAAAGACACAGCUCGCAACCACAGUAAUGCUAUUGGAAGAAGUAAUGAGCCUGGGCGAUCAAGACAUUCCAGCAGAUCAUCGGGUAGUUCAAGAUCCAGUUCCAAAUUUGAUUCCCAGUCCAGGGAAAGUAGCUUAGAGAAACAACUGAAACGUGUGUCUAAGAUGGCUGACAACGUUUCAAAGAAGAGUGACAAGGACAGACAAAAAACAAAUAGUGAUCCAAAAGAGAAGUCUUCUGACAAGACUAGGUCAAGAUCAGGAGAAAAGACUAGAAAAAGCCGCUGGAUGCAGGAAAACGACAGUGAUAAACCCAAACCCAGUAGAAAUGUGCAAGAUAAGCUCACUGAUAAGAGUCUAUGCCGCAUGUCAGACAUUGCCGAUAAGGUAUCUAAAGUCCCUAAACCAAGAGCUGGUUAUUCCACCAAAUUUGGUGAUGGCAAGCCAAAAUCAAAAGCACAACUGUUGUUUGAGAAAAAGUAUGCUGAGAAACUGAAACAGUCCUGCCUUCCCCAAAUACCUGGUUUGUACAGUAGUGAAAUGGUGGAGCUCUCCAAACUGCAGCCACUGAAACUGGACACAAGUGUUGGAAUAUCCCCAGCCUUCAAGCUGUUGGAUACAGGUUCUUGUCGCAACAGUUCAGCUUUGCCCAACACAGCCGUAAGGAAUCUACAGAAAUCUUUGGACAGUAAAAACCAUUCGCCUCUGGUUCUGCUAGACAAACAGAAUGAAAUAGCUGGCAAGUCUGUAUGUGAGGUUAAGCCAAGACAAGCACAAAAAUCUGAUGCUGGUUGUCGAACAGAACAAGAAUCGGAGAGACACAGUAGGCAUGGUUCUGUUGAAUGUUCUAAAACAAAUUCUGUAAGCCUCCGUUCAGUUGUCACAACCGUGUCCAACACUGACAGGGUCAACAGCGACAGGGCGAGAACUGAUGGACAUGAGGCAGCACAAAGCACCUGUGAAAGACGACCCAGUGGGGAUCCAAGAUUGGAAAACCGAGCCAAAGUUAAUCAUUCCAGAAGCAAUAGCAGCAACAGUGACAAGAGGAUGACUGAUGACAAGCCUGUCAGUGGAGACAAGAACAGUCAGAAUACCAUGGAUGGACCCCCUGGACGACACCCAGUGAGGAACCUCAACAUGGCUCAGAUCACAGAAGACAGGCACAGUCGACAGUUCCACCCCUACAAGAUGACAGGGAAGAGGAAACCAAUGGCUUCCUUCAACAUUGGAGUAAGCGACAUUGACGAGCUGCUUAGUGACCUAACUUCAACUGGCCUGAAAUGGAAGCGCCUGAAGGAAUCCUGGAGCUUUGGCCUGCAUCACAACUUCAGGCAGCAACCUCGCUUCUCUGACUACAUGUUCUUCAGGAAUCCUGUGCCACCUUCGCCCAUGAAACAGGAUAGAUCAAACAGACCAGUUGAAAAGGAAAGUGACUUCACAUCCGACAACAUCCCUGAGUUUGAGAGAAGGGCACAGCAGGCCGACAUGUUGGACGAGUUCUUCAUGGAAGGAGGAGGAGAUUCACAGCCGGAAAUAUCAGCAACCUUUGACAUGGAGAAGCAGUCUUAUGAUUCACAGGAGUCUGGGAUCAGCCGUGAUGUGUGUCAAAGCACAGAAGGAUCUCCCCAGCUGCCAGCUGGACAAGCAAUUCACAGCACUGCUGCUGACAUAUCUGGGGAGGUACCACUGCCUGCCAGCGAAAUCUUGGACAAUAUUGCUGCCUCUGAGAAGAGACCUGAUCAUGCCGGUCCAUACAGUCCCGAGGAACUGCAAGAGGUACGGCCUCCCACUGAAGGAGGAAAUCAGGAAGAUACUGAUGACCUUAGAAUAAAGAUUGUAGGCUGUCACUCUCUGGCAGCUGCACCUGAGACAGUUGAGCCUGCGGUUGAUGGAUUCUUUGAUCAGUUAGAAUGGUCAUUUGAGACCGAUUCCAUCAAGUCCAAACAAGAUUUAGGCGUACAGCAAAUCAACUUUACUGAUGACCAUAUCAUGUCAGAGGGAAACAACACAAGAAGUCUGGAUAGGGAUUCACAUGUGGAGGCUGCACAUUCAGUGAUGAGACCACGCGAUCCACGACUCGCCAGAAGAAAUGUGGUGCCUUUAAAACCAGUGCUACCUGUCACACAGACAGAUGAAUGCCUGCCCAAUGUCUCAGCACCAGUAACUUCAAAGGCACUUUUGAGCAGCACCCUGCCUGAAGAUCCUCACCAGCUUGAUACAGUGAAAACCCCUGAUAGUGUCACAUGUACAGAAUUGAAUCAAGCUGUGAUACCAGACUCGGAAGUAAUUGCCAGAAGUAUUGAGAUGAAGAUGUCCUCACAAGGUCAUGAUGACCUGCAGGAGGCGCCAAUGGACAUGAGUGACAGUGAACAUGAAGCACAAUAUCAGGUUGAUGGACAAUCUCAGAUUAGCAGUACAAUGGACAGUCCUCUGAAAGGAAACAAUUCUUGUAGUGAGAAAUAUUCUGGUGUGUUUGGAAGAAGCUUGUCUGUACCUGAUACUCAUUCUGCAAGAAAAAGGUCAUUUGCAGUGUUCCAGGAUAUGUGGACAUCCCAAACUGGACUUGAUCUUGCUGUUCCUGCAGUCUUGAAAACCUUGCCGAUUAGUGAAAGUGCUGCUUGUGGUUUGACAGCUCACACAGGUAGCGAAUCAGACUCUUUCAAAGAUGAAGGAAAGACUGCUGGUGCUGCUGUUAAGAAAGACCGCAGAGAAGAUGUGGCUAGGAGGAAGAACGAGGCUGCUGAGAUGCUGGAGGAAUUAAACAGCUAUCUAGAAACUCAAAAACCAAAAGCCAAACAUGACACUGAGCAUAAUUCAAAAGCUGAUCAUGAAUUUGAACAGCCUAUAACCCAAUCACACAAUAUUGUCAUUGACCAGAAGCUGACAUCCUUUCUUGGACAGGUUGAUCCAGUUGAUAUUGCAAUUCAAGACUCAACAAGUGAGUCCUUGUCUCAACCUUGCUCCCCUGAUUUUGAUAUGCCAGCCCCCUUCCCGAGACAUACAACAGCUGAAGAAGGCCUGUCACCGAAGCUGAAGACUUUCACCAAACAGUUGAGUGGAGAAAAUGAAAUGCUGUCUUGUCCUACUUUGAUCAACUCAGGGGAUGAAGACUUGCACGGUAAUGGAAACAGAAAAAAGAAAGCAUCAUCAAACAAGACCAAACGUAGGGAACAAGCAAAGAAGAAGAAAGUUCACCGUGCAACAGGUCCCCAUCCGGACCGGUUCAACAGAUGGGACCAUGUGCUCUUCCCCUUCACCUUUGACCCCUGGAGGGAUUUCAAAUAUGAGCGUAACCCUCAGCUUGGCAACUACCAUCUUCUUGAGCUUCAUGACAGCCCUUCAUCAGAUCCAAGGAGAAACAAGGCCAUCCUGCAGAAGAGGGACAAGGAACAAACUCAGCAACACAUGAGGAGCCAACUACACAAAGUCAAGCCAGACAGGAAACCAGCAGUGAACUCCAUGCUAGAGAGGGAACUGUUUGCUCCCACUCUUGCUGAACAGAUAACAUGUGCAGCUCAGGCGAGACGUAUUCAGCUUGGUCUCACAAGCUCCUUGAAGUCUGCAGAGAGACCUCCGAGCCCUGAACACACAGAGCCACACGAUGAACAAAACACAUCUCUAUACAGACCCAAAAUAGACCCUGAAACACAUUUACAAACUGAACACAGAUCCUUUUUGCAUAAAUCUGGAAAGUCCAAGACGAGUAAGUCAGAUAUUGGGGACAGUGGCUAUUAUUUGCCUGAACUAGAAGUGGUGUCAAAAAUGAAAGAAAGUGCCAACGACAGACCUGGAAGAGAAACUGAAGCGAAUUUUGAGCAAUAUGAACAGAAUAUACCUAUUUGUGUUAGUAAGUUGAAAUACCCAAGGUGUAACAGUUUACAUUCAGUUGCUAAUGAAACUGAUCAUUCCAUAGAAGUAGAUUCUUUGCAUCUCAGAAGAUACAGCAUCUCGGCUCCUGCCUGUGCAGCAAAGACUCUAGAAGAACUACCACAGAAGCAACAUUCCACAAUAAUCCACCAAAAUGUACCUGCAUCAGGAAAAAGAAAGAUGGAAUCAUUUAGUAUUCCCCCUCCAACUAAGUAUCAUUCCAGUGAAGGAACAGCGGUACCUCAGACUUUAGGAUCAACCUCGGAACAUUACUCACCUCAGGUAAUGCAGCCCACAUCCUCUCAGGAUCUAGCAUGUUCAGUGCCUCGUACAACAUUCCAAGUAGACUGCAAUACAUCUGCUCAGGAGCUUCUCUGUGAUAGUCAAACUGCUAAUUCUCAACAUGCUACAGAGGCAGUAGUCAGACUGAUGAAUGGUGCAAUGAAAGGACUUCAGAGCUCUGGGGAUGCCAUCCUUCGCAAUUUAACAUUGGAAUAUUUUGAUCAUGAAACACAGUCAUUGUUAGCAAGAGAUUGUGAGCAUCCUGUAAAUAAGAAAAGGAGAUCUGAAAGCAACAAAGUCCUGCAAUGUUCUGAAGAAAACCCAGGCCAAUCUUAUCGAGGCCAAAGAGAAACUGAUAGCAACGCAUGUGAGGCAGGUGAAUCAGUUUCAUUUGGUAGGAUUAUGGACCAGACUUACCCUUAUCAAGCAAUCAAACCAUCUGUGAAAGCCAGCGCAGAGCAAAACAUCAACAAUACUGUGAACAUUGCAGCAUCUGUAAGAGGCAGGGACUCAGCUAAGCUCCAGAAUUGUGAAAAUUCAAGCCUCAAGACUGGGACAGCAUCCAGUGUGAAAACCUCAGAUACAGCAAAACAGUCUGUGACAAGUAUUGCCCUCACUGCGGCAGCAGACAAGUCUCAGAACAUCUCUACAUCGUGUGUCAUGGUUACUAAGAUACACCCAGAAGAAGAGCAGAGGACACAGGAAGCAAAAUACCUAGAUAUUGUGCCACAUAAGUCAUCCAGCAGUCACAAUCUUUCACCUUCUAAAUGUGAUCUAUUUGAAUUGAAUAAAUACUACAAAGAUGUUGAGCCUUUGGUAGAAAGUGUUAUGUCCCAGAUUAUAGUGGUAGAAGAUUCUACAGAUUCGGAAAAUGAAGUUGAAGGGUGUGUCAAGUCUCUUUCGGGUGAUGGUGAAUCCCAGGAAGCUCCUAAAGACUUAGAUACAACUGAUGUGUUAAAAAUGGGAAAAAGGAUUCCUACAAUUGGUGGCAUGUGUGCUAGAGACUCGAGGUAUAGUCCUAUCCAGCAAAACGAAUCCCUCACCCCAGCUGUUGGUUGCCAGAUACCACAGUUUAUACCGACUUUAAGACCCUCCGCAGAGAUGAGCACUCACCUGAGCAACUCGGAUCAAACUCACACAAUGAACAAGCUAGAUUUGGUUGGAGAAAGACCUGACAUCAAGCCAACAUUACAACCAGGGACAGCCUUUCAGCUCCCUGAACAAAGAAACCGGGUAUACUUUAAUCCUCGUAUGAUGCAUUUGUGGCCUCAGGUUCAACAAUAUAACCAGCAGGCCAUUCAACAGACCUGUGUUAUGUAUCCUCAGUCCGUUUCUCCACUCAGCUAUGCACAUAGUUCCUUGCCGUACCCAGUCUCCAACUUGUCCAGCGCCUCUGGUCUGCCAUGGAAUGUCAAUGCAUCACUGGGUGUUAAUUUAUAUUCGUAUCAGGGCCAGCCACAACCAUAUCCUUCAGUGAUAACCUCUCCCACAGAGUUCACGUCCACACAAAGAGAUGUGUCGUCCAGGACUUACACCCCACCUCUGAGGGAGCCUCCUGUUGAUGUGGAACAUGUUGCCAUGCUGCAACAGCAGAAAGCCCGUCAGCUGCUCCAACAAACAGUUUCUCCAACUGUCACUGGUUAUUGUGCAGAUGAAAGUGUUGUUGAUUCUGGUAUGCCAAGAGAUGAUGGUAGCUCUUCACAUCAAACCGGUGGCCCUUGUGUUUCUCCUAUCACAAACAGGGAUCUCAAAAGCAAACCUAUACAGGUGUUAGGCCAAGUAUCUGAAACAGAGGCAGUUACAUCUUUGAAAGAACUUUCCAAAUUUGAUCAAUAUCUUGAAGAUAUCUCAGACAAUGAUGACCUGGGUCUCAGAUCAGUAGAAAUAGAUGUCCAUGUGCCAGAGUUUAGAGAAAGGCUUCAAGAUCAUCUCAAAUCCUGCAUUGACAACUUGAAUGAUUUCACACACGACCUGCAUGAGAGAAGACCUGAUGCUGACCUGGAGCCAGGGCUGGACCUGUCCAGCAUGUACUACACUUACUGUGAUGAAGUGCCCAUGCCAGAGAGUCUGCAGUGUACUCUGAGUCAGGGGGAGAGGACGGUGCUCCGGCAGUUUGCAGAUGUUCAGAAGCAGGUAUACGAGUCUUUGCCUGACAGUCCCAGGGGACCCCGCGGUGGUGUCACUGAGGGUGGCAUUGUCAAUGCUGAUGAUGACUUCCUUCUUCAGGGAAAACCAGGUGAUCUGGACGACAUCCUGUCUGGCAUGUAUGCUCUGUGUCGGUCUGGGAAGAAGUGGCUGAUGCUUGUCCACUCCAGUGUCAUCAUGCUGUUGGCUAAAACAAGAGGAGCGGACUCAGAGCAGUGUGAGGUACACAAGACUUUGGCCUUGAUCUCCACCUUCAGGAAGCGUGGCAUAGUGAGGCUGGUCUCCCAGUGUGAGUGUGAUCGCUACAUGCGCAGCGCCUACAGCCUCGGCCUGUGUGUGGCCAAGUUCCGCCAGAAGGAGUUCCCUCUGCUCCGACUUAGCCUUGUGGUCUCAGAAAAACCUGACAAAACAUUAGAAGUAACUGAUGGAACGCGCCAUGUUGUCUACAUCCAGCCUAAAGCCUUCAUUCAGCAAUAUCUCACAUCUUGACCAGCCACCCUCCACCAUCUCGUUUCCCAAGUCAUCACCAACCUUUGACUGCCAGCUGUUAGGUCCAUACCUCGAUGUUACAGCCUGGAAAAUCUGUUGGUCACACACUAGUAACAUACUGUACUGUACAGUGAACAUGUGACAAGUGACAAAAAAUUUCCCCCAGGUUUCAGAUUUGACUGUAAUCUAUGUUCAGUUUAUUUUCUUCAAGUUCUAUGUGCCGGACAACUUCUCGAAACUACAAGAGUCCGGUUUCCACCCUUGCCCGAAUUAUGGAGUUAUAUUUUGGCUGGACUAACAAGUCUAUGCAUAGUCCAAUCAAAAUGUUACGAAAUAGACAUCCGGCUUAUAAACAGCAUGGCAACUUCUGUGCAGAUUUUGGGCGACUGCAGGAUAUACAGAGCAUUUUUAUUGUCAAAUGUGCAUCGACAGAUAAUUUCCAAAUCUUUCUCUCUUUUUUGAGCAGCAUGCUCAAGUGCACUUCGUGAGGUAAGAUCCAUUUGAUCACAAUAAAGAUCCUGUUUAUCGAUCAGAACUUUUUGACUAGGAGCCACCAAAUUGUUUCAAGUCAAUGCAAGUGAUAUGAUAGGUGGAAUCUGAUUGGCCAAUAGGAGGGACAUAACUUGAAAAAGCCACUAGUAUCAGAACAAUCAAGCCAUAAAAUUCAAGCCUAGUUCGCCUAGAUGGAAACUUGACUUUUGUAGUGAGUAAUCUCCCUUGCCUCAGAAGACGUGUGCCAGAUUGUAAAUACGUAUAAAAUUCAGCUUUUUGUAAUGUCAACAAUAUCAAUUGAAUGUACCUGACAAAUUGAUUAGACCUUACCAUACACACAGGGCUAUUCUCUCUCAUAAACUGGGGCACAACUCUCACAGUGCUCCCUCCUUGCACUAUGACGAAGCUUCGUCAACGAUAUGUGUACAUUGUGUAGACAUCCUUGCACUGUGACGAAGCUUCAUCAACGAUAUGUGUACAUUGUGUAGACAUCCUUGCACUGUGACGAAGCUUCGUCAACGAUAUGUGUACAUUGUGUAGACAUCCUUGCACUUUGACAAAGAUUCAUCAACAAUAUGUGUACAUUGUGUAGACAUCCUUGCACUGUGACAAAGCUUCGUCAACGGUAUGUGUGAACAGUGUGGGCUGUCCAUGGAUUGGGUCAAAACUCCAAACAAUGUUAAAUGUACAUUCUGUGAGCUGUCCUUGUUUUGUGCAAAAAUACAAUGGAUGGGAAUGCUAUGUAUUCCUUUCACAGCGGUUGAACCCGGACAAUGAUGUUUAAACAUGAUUUCAUCAAUUCCACAUGUGCCCCAAGCCUAGACAUAUAGCAAUGACCUGUGACUGUGUAGGAAGACUUCUUUGUGUUUCAGUGCUUGUUUUCCUUUGGAUGUAAACAUUUGUCAUAUAAUAAAUGACUUCAUUAUCAUUAGCCCAUUACCACUAGUCAGUGUUAGGCUAGGUCUGUGAAUCUGUGCCACACUCUUUGUCUAGUGCUUGCCUGCGAACAAUAUGAUUCAAAGGUGCCCCCAUGUGUUAAUAGUGCUGUAUUGCAUUUAGCAAUGCUUAUCAGCAUCAACUGUUUAUGGCUAUGCACCAGCUUAUGAGCAAAGGUACUGAGAAUUACACUGUAAGCAGUGCUUCAAGCUUAAUAUUUAGCAAGUGUACAAACUAAAGUCCUUUGUCAGCUUAUGUACAAACUUAUGGCAGAUUGUUAAUGCAAGGUCACGCAAAUUGUCAGUAUGUGAACAAAGUGACAUGUUUUUCAACAUGAGAGCAAAGCUUAAUGUUUCUUUUGAGUAAAGAUUAGUGUGUCUUACUGCAGGGUUAGAAGGAAAUGCAAAAGCAUUUCCGUGCCAGCUAAAGACAUUUGGAACAUUUUAGCUAGCCCAAUGCUAGCAGGCUAGUGUUGACUUCCAACCAUGUGCUGUGUAUUGUGAUAAAUACUCUGAUAAGUGUGAAGGAAACGUUGUGUCCUGUUUUAUUGAAGGUUGUACAAAUGCCCCUUGUCUUCAGAAACAGCGAUGGUCACCUAUUGAAAUGUUGUUAUAUUAUUAUUGUUAUAUUUUUGAACUGCAUUGAUUAUUUCGUGUCACCAAUGCUCACAAUGUGUGUGUUGUCUUUCAACUUAACAAAGGGAGGUAACUUCUAUUUUAUAUUGCACUUUGGUUACCGAGAUGAGUUGAUAUUUUUAAAGGUGAAAGUUUGACAAGUAUGUGAGACCUUCAACACAUGGAGAGAGUGUUGCAGCUGACUGGUCUCUCCGGUUGUGAAAUGUGGGAGUUCCUUCUGACAUUUGUUGCAGACUUUGGGCAGAAUAUAGGCCUCACUGCAGGUCCAGAUAAUCUGGGCAUCAUUUACUUUUUCACUUGAAUGGUUUGACAUUCCUUAUAAAGAGCACGGUGUGGAGAGAGUAAAUGGUAGUCGAAAAGAACACUUUUAAUCCAUUAUUGUUUAUUCUAGUGGAAAGAUUGCUGAGAGUGGCAGUAAGCAGCCAACAAAAUCGUGUUUCAUUCUCUGUAUGUCAUAACUGAAGUUGGAAUUCACAACCAUCACGUUUAUGCAAUAAUGUAAGUAAUAUGUAAGUAGUGUUCUUGACGUUGCCUUUGUCCCACCAUAAUGUGAAUAAUCUCACCUUGCCACUUUCUGAGAAUAUUGUUGGCAUCAUAACCUGGUGCUCUAGCUAAAUAUUUGACUCCCUUAAAUCAAAAUGAAUGUUUGAACUGGUUAUACAUGUGAUCAUCAUGGUAACCUUAUGUUAUGUCAAAUCCAUAUCAAAGAUAUUCCUAGCGCAGGGUGCAUGGCACUUCUAGAGAGUACCAGUGUCAAGAUAUUACUCACUCUUGCAACAUUACCUCCACAGCACCUUAAACCCAAAGAGAUGCUUUCUCGGCUUCAUAUAGUAUUUUCUGAAAUUUCUCUUUUAUAUUUUUUAUAUAAAUUGUAAGGCCCAAACAAGCUUUCUUCAUUUUGCAACAAAAUUAGAAAUCCUCUUUUACUGCAAAAUAGGGCAGUCUGCAAUUUGAGCCACAAGUCCAAAGUCAAAGUAUAGUAAGGUCACUUUAUGGUAGUCUAUAAACUUAGACUAAUAUAUGGUAAAAAUAAGGCCAGUAAACUUUUUCGGGCUAGCAGGCGCAAAUGUUUCUGGCACAGACUGAUCGAGAGUUCUGAUAAAUAUCUUGUUUCAUUUUAAGUAUGUUGUUUCAGCCCUCAUUAUUUGGCUUUGUACAGAGCAGCCAAUAUCAAGCAAGCAGUCCAACAAGACCUGUUUUCUCUUUUUUAACAAAUGAUCAAGAUCUUUAUGGACAAUAUUGUUUUUGUUUCAUAAUUAAAAACUAUCAAAUGGUUCACUUAGUGAAUCUCAUGAUGUAUAGCCAGAGUCCAUUAUCAGUAACAUGUAUAUGGUCCGAUGUCAACUUGUUACCAGUGACUUUGUUGCAUUCCGUGGUUGCACAACAUUCCACCGACCCGGGAAGAUGCUGACCAAUCACAUCCUGCUGAUAGUACAUAGUAUGCCAUGUGAUAUUUGAUCAAAUGUUUGUAAACCAUGUGAUAAUGUAGAGAUAUUUGAUAAUCAUGACAUAAAUUGAAAAAUCUUUGUUCCUUCCACAACUUGAGAUGCCAUCAUGUGAAAACAUAGGAUAUGGCUUGCAUUGUACGUCAUUCUGUUGUUAGUGUCUCAGGUAGUAUGAUAGACUCCUGGACACAUCAUUGAAGAAUGUUUGUAUGGCCCAUGUACGUGUGUAUAGAUUCGUAUCCCCAACAAUUGCUCUGGUGUGGCUUGUGGCAGUAUAUGGCAUCCAAUCAUAUUAUUCUUUGUUCUUGAUCUACAUCCACGGCAAGGAUUGAAGAGGCUAGCUCAGUAUUCUUGUCUGAAUUAUUUCAUCUUCACAAUUUCUCAAAUCAAAGUGUAAAGAGUUCCAGCUUGAUUUCCCCUUGGGUUGUAUAUAUAAAUUAUUGCUCUUGUGUACAUUAUGGGAAAACCUAAUCAAGCAGACCAUUGCAGAGCAUAAUUUUGCAUAAUGUUCUUGAAAUUGAUAGUCCAUUCUGUCAAAGAAACUUAUGCAAUAUUUGUAGAACAUCACCUAUUUAUGUUUUUUGUUGAUUGUCAAAUGUUUCUAAGAGCUCUGUUUCAAAACAACCUUUGUUACUGUAGCCAGAGACAUAUUGUUGGCGUUCUGCCUGGUUACAUACAAUCCACUCAUAUUUCUCUAUUUGAUACAAAGGGUCAUAUUUCUACAGAGGUCUUCAUUACAGCUGAAUGCAUAAACACAUCUAUUUAUUUCCAUUACCGGUAGUAUUUAUUGUCUUCUAGGAAUCCACAUAGUUGACAUCAGUAUUAUCAUGAUAACCCAACUGCAUAGUUUUAUAUUCUUUGCAAUGUUUCAUCUCGUUUGUAUCGUCAUAUCAACAAGUAUUGUGUUGUGCUGUCUACUUCUUGGUGUUGGCAGUGGUGCUUUGUGUAUUUCAGUUUUUAGUUUUUUAUACAUGUGUAACCUGGUGAUGUUUUUCAUUGUGUUCAUCCCAUGUCGUAUGGCGACCAGGGCUCGAUUUAGCUAUGAAAACACACACACAAGUGCAACCUGUUUUUGAAAAGUGCAACCAAAUAUUUAUGUCUGCCUAUCACAAAGUGCAUGUAAAAAUAAAAAUUAAUUUGUGUAUGACUAACCCUUACUUGUCCACAAAAAAUCGAUCUUUGAACACAUUCAAUUCUUCUUCAGUUGUCUGCACAAAAUCGAUCUUCGAACACAUUCAAUACUUCUAAAGUUUAUUUACUAUGCUACAUCACUAAUGCCUGUUACGUGUAAUUUGUCAUGUUUUCCUAGACUUCACACGGUAGGUACUUCAAGAUUAUGUGCACGUUCCUUUUAUGUUUUACAGAAAUGCGUCAUUAAUUUAAGUGACACUGGCAGCGGACCGGCCCAUGUUUCAACUUUGAUAAAUAUAUAGAACCAGGGUGCAACAUGGUUUUGUUUGCUUCAACUAGGUUUUCAUGUCAACAUACAAGUUGCAAGUUGGAUCAAGUUCCUUAAAUCGAGCCCUGCUUACACUAGUCUGUGUGUCCCUCUUGAUACAGUGCAACUGUUGACAAGUCAAAUUCCCAUGUGCGUUCUUCUACAGUCUCUUGUUGACUGGGAUCUUCUUAGUUUCUGGUUACUCUCCUUGCUGGCCUUUCUUUUCAGGAUAUUAUUAUCCGUAUCCUUAAGCUGUCAUUUUUCAAGCAGGUUGUAUAUUCAUGUUUGUGAUCUUGUUUGUUACACUCUGCAACUGGAAAUAAAUUAGUUUAACUCAAUUAUCACAAAAAGACACGUAUCUGUGAGUUCGCCACAGUCCAAAUUACACCUUAUUUGAUUAUAUGAAGCUAUCCACCCUUUUAUUUGAAAAACAUUGCAUUCACUGUGAGUUAGCCCUAUCUUCCUUUGUACCGGUGUACUAACAAGGAAUCCUGACUGACAGGUUACCACUGGGAAUGGUUAAACGAUGAAAGUAGUCAUUAUAUGAGGUCCUCAUUCUAACUUAUAUCAAACUACAGUGCAAUGUCUUUGAUAUAGCUAAAAUAUUGCUGACUGGUGUUUAUCCAAUUCGCUCACUUUCCUCAACCAUUAGUAAUGGUAUCAAUAUUGAACCUCUAUUUAGUGCAAUUACGUUCGCUGCGUAUCUCAUGCAGUAAUGUGAAGGUUCGCUUUUAGCUUCAGAAGGGAUUAUACAACUCAGUGUGUUAUAAGUAAUCAGGGUGCUGUGUGACAAAAUAGAAAUAACAUCAAUGAGUUGUGACGACAAAAUGUGGAAUGUUAUUUUCAGGGUGUAGUGUUGCUUGUUUUCAUGACAUAUCUUCUUAUCACAGAGCAUUCCAGAAGUAAUCUACAUGUAGUGAGAUUAUGGUACAUCUUUGUCUUUUCCGAUUUGGACAUAUCACUUGUAUUUUUGAAGAGAGAUUUCAGUUCCACUUUCAGAACAGUGUUUUACAUAUUUUAGUCAACAUAGUGUACAUGUAGCAUAGCGUUAAUAUUAUUUCACCUUUGAGCUUAUGAUCAUUUCGUAUCUGUUGAAAAUAAAGAAAAGUACAUUGUUGA